CGCUUGUGCCUCUGCCUGGUUAGCAAAACCCGCUGGACACUGGGCACUGUCUUCAUUGUCCUCUCAGCCUGGACGGACGCUCACAGCGCCCUGUGGACCUGAGGCCCCAGAGAGGUGAGGACAGAGGACAGGCUGCAGGGAGAGCAGCCUGGACGGAGGCUCACAGCGCCCUGUGGACCUGAGGCCCCAGAGAGGUGAGGACAGAGGACAGGCUGCAGGGAGAGCAGCGUAAGACACAGCAGCCAGACGCCCCACCACUAUGAGGAUGGAAAAGAGCCAGGAGAGCACGUCGAAGGUGGCAACGACACAGACAUCUUCAAUCUGCCGAGAAAGUCGUUUGACCCCUGGGAACACCCCCAUUUCUCCGGUGGACAAGAGGAGCUCAGAUUUGGAGCCACAGUGGCAAAAACUCGAAGCUGGUGUCGGUUUGCAAAGGGAUGGCGAUGACAUUCCUCCAGGUGAAGAUGUGGAGCAACAAGAUGGAGAUCUGUCUGAUGAAGAAGGAAUAUUUUUGAAAGAGUUUCCCAUAAUGAAAGUGGAACUAGAAAUGGCCAUCAGAAAGUACCGUGCCCUCGCAGACGACAUCGACAAAACCCACAAAAAUUUCACCCAGACCAACCUGGUGACCACCUCGGUCGCUGUGGCCUCCGGAACCCUGAGCCUCCUGGGGUUGGCCCUCGCUCCGGUCACAGCCGGAGGAAGCCUGAUGCUUACAGCUGCUGGUCAAGGUUUGGGGGCUGUCGCUGGGGCCACCAGUGUGUUGACCAGCAUUUUGGAAUACCGUCACAAUAAACAAGCCCAAGCUCAGGUCAGCAGCGAAUUGUCUGCCCCUGACCCAAAGGUCGAGGAGGCUGUGGCCUAUGCCGUGAAGGCCGGAAAGACUGUCUAUAACUGUGGGAAAACCCUCAAGGAAAUCAGGAAGAACGUCAAGGCCUUGCAGGUCGCCAGAGCCCACCCGCGCCUGACCGCUGCCGCCAAGCGUCUCCUGGUCACUGGGGAAGCCUCGGCCCGCACCACCAGGAGGGUGCAAAGGGCCUUUAGAGGCACACCGCUAGCGAUGGGGAGCAGCGCUUUCUUGCGGAACACCGUAUUGAAUGGCCUCUUUCUGGGCAUGGAUUUGGACAGCCUCCUGAAGGACUGGCAGCAGCUGAAGCAGGGAGCCAGGACCGAGUUGGCGGACUUGCUGAGGGCCAAGGCUGAGGAGCUGGAAAGAAAGCUGGCAGAACUCACCCAGCUCUAUGAGGAGCUGCAGAAAUCGCGGGAUAGGAUCCUCCUUUGUUUGUGCACAAAAGUAUUCACUGGAACCUGCUCAACCAGAUUCCAUCAGGAAAGCAAGAGGCCCUGUCUCCCCAAGACCCCAGUUCUGGGCCUCCUUCCUGCCUUCCCCGCUCACCUACCUUAAACAUAUGCUUGUUUGGGUCGAUGUGUUAGCUGCUCUCUUGAAAGUAGUGCAUUGACAUUAAAUACAUUUUUUGAAAUUUCAGGACGUAAAAAUAUAGGGUGUGGAUGAAAGGGGCCACAUGCUGACCUGUAAGCUCAGGGGAGGCCUGCAUGGCGGUCUUGCAAACUCAGAGACCUAAAGGAACCACAAAAGAUGGCCUGAAAUUACACUUUAACUAAAAGCAGUUAUGGUGGGCAGUUACGUCCUAGGCCGGUAUCUUCAAUGACCUUAACCCAAUGACCUUAACCGAGCCCGUCUGUCUUUUUGCAUCUCUGAUAACAUACCCUUGACAUGUCUGGGUAACUUGUAACUUCCCUUUUUAUGGAGCCCCUGGGGCACAACCAAUGUGCUGGGCACCAGGACAGAUACCACAAAUGCCUUCAUUAUCUUGUUAAUUGUUCCUGC